UCACGUGACCGGGAACAUUCUCUCUCUUCCCCCGCCAUGUGACAGGAUGACGGUCGGGUCAAAUGUCACUACUUCCUGUCUAGACUAAGAUGGCGGUCUGAUAUUGGGGGAGAGAGAACAAAGUCGGGAUGCCAGUCACAGUGGGACCGUACGGGCAGUCACAACCUAGCUGCUUUGACAGGGUGAAGAUGGGAUUCAUGAUGGGCUGUGCCGUUGGCAUGGCUGCUGGAGCACUGUUCGGCACCUUCUCCUGCCUCAGGCUGGGACUGAGGGGCCGUGAGCUGCUGGGUGGAGUUGGGAAGACCAUGAUGCAGAGCGGAGGCACAUUUGGAACCUUCAUGGCUAUUGGAAUGGGAAUCCGAUGCUGACAGAUCUUUCUGAACUUGAGAGGGUCAUGCAGUGGCAUUUCCUGCCAGAGAUUAAGCUGUAUCAAUAAUGCAGAAUAAAAUAUGAUUGUGAAA